AUGUAUUUUGUAUGGGGGCAACUACACAGUAAAUCUCCAUUUUGCGGAGAUUAUGUUCACUGAUGAUAAGACAUACAACAGCUUGGGCAAGCGCAUAUUUGAUAUUUACAUUCAGGGAUUGCUGGUUCAGAAGGAUUUCAACAUUGCAGCUGAAGCAGGUGGGGUUGGCAAGGCUAUCAUAAAACAGUUUCCUGCAAGUGUGACUAAUGGUAACUUGGAGAUUCAUUUAUAUUGGGUUGGAAGAGGAACAACAGCCAUUCCUAUUGGAGGAGUUUAUGGUCCUCUUAUAUCUGCUAUAUCUGUGAAUCCUAAUGCUGCACCUCAUUUCGAAAAUGUGGGUAGGUCUAGUUUAUCCAUAGGAAUGAUGGUUGGAAUUGUGGUUGGAGCAGUAUUUGCUAUCUUCUUGAUUGUGGGCAUCAUUUGGUGGAAAUGCUGCAGAAGACAGAAAAGCACAUUAGAACAAGGUACUGUAGUGAAAUCAGCAUUCAAUUACAUUAUUUGGUGGAAAUGCUGCAGAAGACAGAAAAGCAUAUUAGAACAAGAUCUAAAAGGUAUGGACUUGCAGACUGAUUCUUUUACUUUGAGGCAGAUUAAAGUGGCCACCAACAAUUUUGGUCCUGCUAAUAAGAUUAGAGAAGGUGGUUUUGGUCCUGUUUACAAGGGUCGUUUGAUAGAUGGUAAAGUUAUUGCUGUUAAGCAGCUAUCUGCUAAAUCAAAGCAAGGGAAUUGUGAGUUUGUGAAUGAAGUUGGCAUGAUCUCUGCUCUGCAACAUCCUCAUCUGGUAAAGCUAUAUGGAUGUCAUAUUGAAGAAAAUCAACUCUUACUAAUGUAUGAGUACAUGGAGAACAAUAGCCUCGCUCGCGCAUUGUUUGGCCCAGAAGAAUGCCAGAUCAAAUUAGAUUGGCCAACAAGACAAAAGAUCUGUAUUGGUAUGGCAAGAGGUUUGGCUUAUCUACAUGAAGAAUCAAGUUUGAAGAUUGUGCACCGAGAUAUCAAAGCUGCCAAUGUCUUGCUCAAUAAUGAUCUAAAUCCUAAAAUUUCUCACUUUGGUCUGGCCAAGCUCAAUGAAGAGGAUAAUACCCAUAGUAGUACUCGAGUUGCUGGAACUUUUGGCUACAUGGCUCCUGAAUAUGCAAUGUGGGGUUACUUAACCGAUAAAGCUAAUGUUUAUGGUUUUGAAAUUGUAGCCUUGGAAAUCAUCAGUGGAAGGAGCAACAAACAUUCUCGGACAAAGGAAGAUAGUUUUUAUCUUCUUGAUUGGGCUCUUCUUCUGAAGGAGAAAGGAAGCUUAUUAGAGUUAGUUGACCCAAGACUGGGAUCUGACUAUAACAAAACGGAGGUAAUGAAAAUGAUAAAUAUGGCACUGCUACGCACUAACCCUGCUCUAGUUGGUAGGCCAGUCAUGACUUCUGUGGUGAGCAUGCUUACAGGGAAGGUUGCUAUUGUGGGGUUGGAUUUGAAUUCUAGCAUGUCUAUUGAAUCGAUGAGGAAGUUCUAUCAAACUCUUGAAGACAGAAAUAUGCAUAAGAACAAGUCACAUGGUAUGUCAAUAGAAUCUUUGCCACUUAACUCCUCAUCUAUAGCUGACUGCUAUCACCCAGUUUGAACUCUGCAAAUCAUCUUGAUUUUAGCCAUGAGAACAUUUCUUAAUUGGAAAUUCUACAAUUCUAUAUUAUAAUUUUUGUUUUUGUAAUUAGAUUGAGAACCUCUAAAACAAAUAUUUGUUAAAGCAAGGUUAUGUUUUAAAUUGUGGAUCACCAUUGUAAUAGUUUUUACAUGGUUAAAGAAAUAGAUAUUUUUAAU